UUCAACCUGACGACGCUGCGCGGCCCCGCGCGGCCCCGCGCGCAGAGAGAGUCCAGGUUCAGAUUGGUUCUUGAGCGCGCCGCGCGUUCACAGGCGGAGGUAAAAUGGUGGCCAGCGUCCGCGUCCAGAAGCUCCUCCGACGGUACAAACUAGCGAUAGCGGCGGCGUCUACGAUCCUCCUGAUCCAGGGUCUGGUGGUAUGGAGUCUGAGAAGUCUGGAGGAGGGCGAGGCCGAGAGAAAGACGAGCUGGUCUAAGCUGCCCGACAACAACAACAACAACAACCAGGACCCCAAGAAGGACGGCGCCCUGUGGGAGAAGCAGAGCUCUCUGUCGGGGAGGAACCGCGGCAAAUGGGGCGCCAGGUUGGAGAGGACGGGGGGGACGGCGGCGGCCAGCGCGCUGAGAAGAGGCAACGGGCGGCGGGGGGCGAAGCAGGGCGUGAAGCUGAAGGGCCCCCAGGGGCGAGGAGGGAUGGCGGACGUCGGGCUGGACGGCGCCGUCCCUCACGAUCUGUCCAGCAGCCGCAACCUGAGCGACAGCCGGGGCGGCGCCGACGGGGCGGCCCGGCUGCUGCCCCCCGUCCCCGGGGAGCCGGGCAGCGUGGACGGCGCCCACCAGGCCCCCUCCAGCAGUGACUUUGCGCCCAAGUGCGACAUCGUGGGGAAGGACGCGCUGUCGGCGCUGCACCGCGCCGGCUCGCAGCAGUGCCGCCAGGAGAUCGCCAACAUCGUGUGUCAGCAUCAGGCCGGGACGCUCAUGCCCAACGCGCUGCCUCAGUUCUGCCCACAGCUCGGUGUGUCUCAUCCGGUCCAGGCUGCAGGUGAACUGGACAACAGCCUGUCCAACGUGGAGAACCCGGUCCGCGUGGCCUUCGUCCUCAUGGUCCACGGCCGAGCUGUUCGGCAGCUGAAGCGCCUCAUCAAAGCCAUUUACCACCGCGACCACUACUACUACAUCCACGUGGACAAGCGGAGCGGCUACAUGCACCGGGAGGUGCUGCACAUGGCCCAGCAGUUCCCCAACGUCCGGGCGACGCCCUGGCGCAUGGUCACCAUCUGGGGGGGGGCCAGCCUCCUGAAGGCCUACCUGCGCAGCAUGCAGGACCUGCUCUCCAUGCUCGACUGGAAGUGGGAUUUUUUCAUCAACCUCAGCGCCACCGACUUCCCCACCAGGACGAACGAUGAACUGGUGGCGUUUCUGUCUCAGCACAGAGACAAGAACUUCCUCAAGUCCCACGGGAGAGAGAACGCCCGGUUCAUUAAGAAGCAGGGCCUCGACCGGCUCUUCCACGAGUGCGACAACCACAUGUGGCGCCUGGGCGAGCGCAGCAUCCCCGACGGCCUGGAGGUCUCCGGCGGCUCCGACUGGUUCGCGCUCACCCGCCGCUUCGUGGAGUACGUCAUCGGCUCCCAGGACGCGCUGGUGUCGGGGCUGAAGCAGUUCUACACCUACGCUCUGCUCCCCGCCGAGUCCUUCUUCCACACGGUGCUCGGCAACAGCCACAUGUGCGACACCCUGGUCGACAACAACCUGCGAGUCACCAACUGGAACCGGAAGCUCGGCUGCAAAUGUCAGUACAAACACAUCGUCGACUGGUGCGGCUGCUCCCCCAACGACUUCAAACCGCAGGACCUCAUCCGGAUCCAGCAACUGACCCGUCCGACGUUCUUCGCCCGCAAGUUUGAGUCGUCGGUGAACCAGGAGGCCAUCGACAUCCUGGACACCCACCUGUACGGCCAGUACGCUCCGGGCACCGUGGCCGUCAAGGCGUACUGGGAGAGUCUGUUCGAGCAGUCGGACGGCGUCGGCGCCCUCAGCGACGUGGGCCUCACCGCGUACUCGUCCUUCUUCCGCCUGGGCCUCAAGAGUCUGGAGACCAGGCAGAACAACGUGGACACCUGCAGGCUGGAACCAGUCGGCUUCCCCCUCUCGGUGCAUUUGUACUUCUAUGACGACCGUUUCCAGGGAUACCUGGUCCGUCAGGAGGCCCAGGCCGUGGGGUCGAAGGUCAGGGAGACGGUGGAGAUGUGGGCGGUGCCUCAGGCCACGCUCGUCCUGGAGAAGAACCUCAAAGAGUUCGAAAGGCUCAAGAACCUGGAGAUCGGCACCGAGUGGGACCCUAAAGAGCGGAUCUUCAGGAACUUCGGCGGCGUGAUCGGCCCCAUGGACGAACCUCUGGCCGUCCAGAAGUGGGCGCGAGGCCCGAACCUCACGGCCACCAUCGUGUGGAUCGACCCGGCUCUGGUGGUGGCGGCGUCCUACGACAUCACGGUGGACGUGGACGCCGAGUACACGCAGUACAAACCGCCGCUGCAGCACCCGCUACGACCCGGCACCUGGACCGUGCGGGUGCUGAAGCAGUGGGAGCGCAUGGCGGAAGUCCGCUUCCUCGUCACGCCUUUGACUUUCAACAACAAGGAGCCGCUACGUAAAGAGGAGGACAGCUGGCUCCACGGCGGACCUCCGGGGAACUUGUACCUGGAGCAGAGCUUCCAGCAGCUGAGCUCGGUGCUGAAGCUGCCCCCCCAGGAGCCGGCCCUGCAGCUGGCCCGGCGUAACGCCCGGCUGGUGGGGGAGGCCCUGGAGGCGUGGGUGGACGGCUCCGUGGGGACCUUCUGGGUCAUCGGCGACCUGUGCGCCACCCAGACGUCCUCCUGCCCGGCGCUGGGAGGCUGCGCCGAGACGACCUGGAGCUCCCUGUCCCCGGAUCCCAAAUCCGAACUGGGCCCGGUCAAAAGCGACGGGCGCAUCAGGUAGCCCCCCCCCUCCAAACCGCCGCACCCUGAAGCUGGAGACUUCCUGGAGAAGCUGUGACAAUAAUAAUCUUCCUGCUCCGACGAGUGGCAGCGUCUCGGAGACGACGUCAAAAACCCCACUCACAGGAUGCGACAGCUGGAAAAUUUGCACAUACGAGACUGCAAAGCGGAGAGAUUAGCGUCGUCGUCGUCGUGCGCUGAUCUGAACUCCAGACGUGUCGCUGAGCUUCAGAAAACACGUCCGAAACUUUCGAAACGAAUCGUUCUGCCGCCGGCUCCGUUCUGUCUUCAUGUCGUGGCAGCGUGGAACCUUCCGGGUCGUGUUGUUAUUAUUGUUGUUGUUGUGCUUAUUUUAAAGCAUCGUUAUGUUAAAACGCGCGGUGACGGGACGGAUGAAGUGCACUUUACUGUAAGAGUAUGACGUUACGCAGAGGUCACAUGAUUACAGGGGGGGAGGAGUCACAUGACAAGCGUCACAUGUCGGUUUACAGGAGGCAGAAUCUGCGUCUGUGACUCGGGUUAGAAACAAAGAAGGUUUCAUUCUGUUUACUGCAUCACUUUUAUGUUUUCGUCCGUCUGCUCCCUGGACAGUUUCUCCUUCUCCUGAGUUGUUUUUCUGGUUAAAGGAAGUGCCUAGACAGCCAGGAGACGAAUAAAUAAAUAAACGAACGAAUCCGCGGGACGUAUUUGACAAAUUAGCCUCGGAGGAACAAAGACUCGCUUCGUCUCUGCUCGUCUGAACCGAAAUGUUCCGUCUCAUUUCGGUUCUCGCCAGCUCGAGGUGAAGAAAAAUGUGAAUCCAACUUUAAAGGAACCGUUUUUUUGGAAAAUACAGUUGUUGUUGUUGUUAGCUUAGCAUGUAGCCUGGAGACAAGAAGCAAAAAGGUCAGUUGUUUGUUUUUUUUUUUUACAGAAAUGAAGUGAACGAAAAUGUGAACUCGUCAUUUUUUAUGUCGGAUUAUUUUCACCAUGCGAAAGAAAUAUGAUCUGUUUAGUUAGUGGUAAUGCUAAGAUAAGCUAACCAGAUUGUCUCGUUAAAAAGCAGAUGUGUUUCCCCAAACGUCGUCCUUUAAAAUCCAGAUUACGGUUCCUCCUGUGCAGGUUUUGUUCAGUUCGGCGUAUGUUUUUAGCUGCCUUCAUGUGGGAAAAGAAAAAGAAAAAAGACGAGUACAGCUUCCAGAGAUGUGCAAUGAAUGCCCCUCGUCUGGGUUUUAGUUUUUGUGACACUAGCUGGCACCAUAUGAGUUCUCAAGUGACCUUGUUUACCUUGCACAGUACAGUUGCUUCAGUGAAGCCCCAGUUUGAAUUGAGACGAGAGCAGAGUAAUGUUAUUUUUCUACCCGUGAGUGUGAGAGGAACGAUGUGUGUGUAUGUAUGUGUGUGUGUGUGAUAGUGAGUGUGUGUGUUCAUAUCUCUGCUGUCUAAUUGUGUUACAUCUGACAGUUCACCUGUUCAGUGUCAUUUGAAGCGGACCUUCUGUGUUUGGGGAGGUCGGAGGAGACGCGUCCAGACCGAUGACUCAAUAAAAACACCUAGAACAAG